AUGACUGUCGAUUCAAGCAAGACUGUUGUGCUCGUGACGGGUGCCAACCGAGGCAUCGGAUUUGAAAUUGUGAAGGCCCUUCUGAAAGCUACACCAUCGCAGUCUGGCAAAGAUGGCGCACCCUACCACGUCUACCUCGGUGCAAGAGAUGUCGAGAAGGGCAAGAAGGCAGUAGCGUCGGUAGAAGCCGAACACAACAACUCGGUCUCCGUCUUGCAGAUUGACACGAAUUCAGCCGACUCGAUAGCCUCCGCUGUUUCAGCAGUCAAGGAUGAGGUUGGCCGUGUUGAUGUUCUCGUCAACAACGUGGGCAUCAUUUCCGAAGAGCCUGACCGCAUUGCCAACCUGCGGCUCUGCCUCGAGACAAACGUCGUCUCGGCAUUUGCUGUGAGCGAGGCUUUCAAGCCAGUACUGCUUGUGCAGCCGCAGAGCAAGAAGGCGAAGCGCAUCAUCAACGUGACUAGCGAUCUCGGCUCCGUCACUUGGCGUUACGAUCCCAACAGCAAGUACUACCAGAUUCCGAACUCGGAGUACCGAAUCAGCAAGGGGGCUAUGAACAUGCUCACAGCCUGCCAGUCGUUCGAGCUUAAGGAGCAUGAUGUCAAGGUCUUCGCCUUCAACCCCGGGUACACUAUUACUGAGCUGUCUGGCCCCGUUGAGGUGCGUCGCCAACAUGGAGCUUGGGAAGCUGAUGUUCCGGCCAAAGGGUGCGUGAAGGUUAUUGCCGGCGAAAGGGACAAUGAAGUUGGAAAUAUGGUCGAAGUAGAGGGAACUGUGCCGUGGUGA